CACCGACGCCGCCGCCGACGCCGCCUCCGUUGCACCACGCUCCGACGUAGCCGCACCACAGCCCGACCCACCGCAGAGCGACAGGCAGACAGAGAGCGCCCACCUGCCCAUCAUGCUGUUGCCGCUGCUCCUGGCGACGCUGGCCGCGGGUCCCGUGCUGAGCGAGGCGGCUCCCGCCCCAGCACCUCAGGCCGCAGCCCGCAGCCCCACCGAGAUCACCGCGGACCCUGAGCAGCUGGAGCUGCUGAGCGCCUACCUGACGCGCCUGCUGGUGGACGGCUGGCCCGAGGGCGAGCCGCCGCUGCUGUACGUCGAGGGGGCCGACGACGACGACGUCGACGCCGCGGAGCGCGACAACGUCAUCGGCAAUGGCGCGCAGCCCAUCUGGAAGCGGUCGCGCUACUACCGGCGCUACCCGUGGAAGCGGCAGAACGGCCGCUACCAGGCCGCCGACGACCGCUACCUGUGCCAGCCGACACGCGAGGACGUCUUCCAGCUGCUGGUGGCGCUGCACGAGGCGCGCCGCGGAGACUCCAGCCGCACCGUCAGCUUCUGCAACCGCCGCCGGCCCGCCAGCGCCAUCUUCACCAACAUUCGCUUUCUCGGCCGCUAGGCAUCAGGCGUCACCGCUCCCUCCCUCCUUGUCACAGCCACUGCCACCGCCUACACCUCAGCGCUUCGCUUCUCGUCCACUUCACUGCAAGCCUGUAUUCUCCAUUCCACCCUUUCUUUCACGCUACAAGAGGCCGAUGACGACGAACGACAAACGGGAA